AUGAAAAAAGUGACGCACGUAAUUUUUGACUUCGACGGUCUUUUAGUCGACACCGAAAACGCCUACACUCAUGCAAACAGGACACUUUUGUCUCGUUUCGGCAAGGAGUUCACUAUGGACCUCAAAAAAGGUUUUAUUAUCGAUCCGUGAGAAAUAAUCUUUUUAUUUCAGCUCAAAUGGGAAAGAAACAUGACGAAGCCAUCGUCUGGCUUUUGAAAGAAGUUCUACCGAUUUAGUGAAUAAGAAACAGUUGGGCAAGGUGCUUUCAGCUUAAAAUCGAAGAUCGAGUGACGCCUGAAGAAUACUCGAGAGACUACGAUCUGAUUCUGAAUGCCAUGUUUGAAAAAUGUCAAGCUCUGCCGGGAGCCGAGAAACUCGUGCGACACCUCAUAAAGCACGGCACGUCGAACAUUUUUAUCUUUUUCAAUUUUCAAUGAAACAAGAAGAGAUAUCGAAAACUGUAGAAAGACGUUGGAGAAAGGAAACAUUUGAAUAUUGAGAAGGCUAUAUCAAUCUCUAAAAGCUUCAGAAGACUCCACAAAACAAAAAAUAAUCAAAAUAUUAAGAAAAAGCUACGUUCUAGAACGUUGUCAUAAACGUUGAGUAACUCAGGGCCUUCUAAAUCGGAAUUCAAAUCUGAAAAUAUCUUUACGAUUGUAGGUCUUAAAGUGAUGUGCUGAGCCAAGAACGAGUAAUCGAAAAAGUUUAGUAGGAUAUUGACGUCAAUUUAAAAAGAAAAAACAACGAUUUUUUAUAUUCAGAAGUCCCAGUCGCGUUGUGCACGGGCUCCUGCAGCCGCACGUUUCCGGUAAAAGCCAAAAAUCAUCGCGAAUGGCUGGAUUUGGUCACUCUCCAUGUUAAUUUUCCUCGAAUUUCUCAGAAAUAUUCUAUAUAGUUGAGGUUCUGACGGGGGACGACCCCGAAGUUCUCAACGGGAAGCCUCAUCCUGACCCUUUCCUUGUCACAAUGCGACGGUUCGUAGUUCUCAAUCGUUUCUAUUGAAUGUGGAGUCAGAGAGAUGAGAGUCUGACCAGAAGUGCAUCCGAUGUUCGGUUAGAGUUUGUUCCUUUUUUCGUCACGCCGAAAGUCUAAGGAAAUUCGCGGUCGUAAAGUUCAACGGGUGUAGAGUUGAUUUCAAAAAUAAAAUAGGAAGGAAUAGAUACAUUUUCCACAAUAUAUCGACAAUUUAUUCAAACACCUAGGAACUCAUUAACUUCCUACAAGAAUCAACUCAUGUUUUUUUUUUCGAGUUCCAGGUUCAAUACAGCCCCAGAAUCGGCCCAAAAAUGUUUGGUUUUCGAAGAUUCUUACAACGGAGCUCUUUCGGCAAUCUCCGCCGGUAUGCAGUGUGUGAUGAUUCCUGAUACGAGCAUCUACGAUCCGGACGAGGAGUUCAGGUCGUUUUCCGACAAAUCGUUUUCGAAGAUUUGUCUUGUAGAUCCAAAAUGGCACAAGUUCUACCAAGCCUCGAGAACUUCAUACCAGAAGAGUUUGGUUUACCACCGUACGAAAAUUGA